CUGGUCCACAACCUAACGACCAAUUACGAAGGGGUUCACGGGGUGAUUCGCGGCUGGCGGGAGGUCCUGGACUCCUACUCGAGCCAGGGUCAGGCGAGGGUCAUGGUGGGAGAGGUGUACGACCCUGUGGACCAGGUGGUCACCUACUACCAAGACCAGUUUGACUUCCCCUUCAACUUCAUCCUCCUCGGCAACUACAACUGGACGGGGACUCGGGUGAGCCAACUCGUGUCCGACUGGCUCGACAGCGUCCCCGAGGGAGCGUGGUCCAACUGGGUCCUAGGGAACCAUGACAACUCGCGGAUCUCGUCCAAGGCCGGGGUCUACCUGGCGAGAGCUCUCAACGUCCUCCUACUGACACUACCAGGGACACCCACCACCUACUAUGGGGAGGAGAUCCUAAUGACAGACGUCUACGCCCCUCCUCCGGAGAGACACGACGUGUCUGGUGAGGACAGAGACAAGGAGAGGACUCCAAUGCAGUGGGACAACAGUACCAACGCAGGGUUCACCUUCCCAACCAGCAAACCCUGGCUCCCACUGGCCACCAACUACUCCGUCUAUAACGUUGAGGUGGAGACUAACAACACUCUCUCGCCCCUCUCUCUCUACCGACAGCUUACUGAGCUGCGCUCCACCCACCCCGCCCUCCAGUACACCGGCUACCAGACCGUCUUCAACUCCACCGACGUAUUUGCCUACCUGCGCUCUGCCAACGCUGCCGGCGAGAUUCUGGUGGUGAUUAAUUUCUCAGAGAAGGAGACAAAGGUGGACGUGAGUGAGGGAGCCAAGCUGGAGGAGCCAGUCGUUCUCCUGUCCAGCAAUCUCAACCGCACGGGCAGCAUCAGUCUCAGUGACGUGGAGCUGCUUGCGGGAGAGGCUCUUCUCAUCAAAAGUAGCACCGACUGCUUUUAG